UUUCGGUUACAAAAGAGUGGCCAUCGAUAAGUCAACCACUUUCUGGCCACUCUGACGCUUACAAGAAAAUACAAAAGCCGAGAAUUGUCACACAUUUAUAUAUUUUACAACUAUUCCAUCAAAUAUUAAGUUAAGAUGGACGAAAUACGCAGCAGCAUGGACAAUAUGAUGGCGCAGUUCAACGACAGCGUCACCCACUCAGCGCCAAAGAAACUUCUCUUCAACCGGCUGUCCACAUCCUAUACAGAUGACUUUAUAGCUUCCCCAAAGAAGCGACGCUUGGACUCCUCCGACAACAAUCUGAACAGUACCGGGUCCUUAAACAGCUCCUUGAAUAGUUCCCUGGGUCCCUGGCAGAACAGCCAACUGCGCGCCGAUAUAAUCGAACUGAAGGCCAGGAACAGUCAACUACAGCACGAGGUGGAGCGACAGAUCAAGGAACACCGGCGGGCCAUGGCGGUGGCCGAGAGCAAGAGCACUGCCCUGAAGCAGCAGUGCGACAUAACCAGCAAGAAGAUGAUCGAGAUGGAGAGGAAUGUGCAGAUUAUGCGGAAGCGCGAAGUGGCGCUCAAAGAAGAGGCCUGCAGUGCCAGGGCAGAGUUGGCGCAGUUAAAAAUGAAGUUUGAUGACUCUAUAGAUUCGCUGCAGAAGGAAAAGUCCCAGCAGGAGGAGGACGCCCGCGACGUGCAGUUGUGCAUCAAUAACGACCUGGCCGAGUAUCGCCGGAUGGCUCAUCGUGCGGAUCUCGAACUGCAGGCCACGCGCACUGAGCUGGAGCGGUUCCGUCGCCGGCACGAUGAGUUCAAGGCACGGGUUUCCGGGCACGAAGACCUGCGCAGCGACUUCGAGAAGCAAUCCCAAAGCCUCAAGGCAGCCAACGAACGCAUCAAGGAGCUGGAGUAUGAGAUUCAGUCGUACAAUGACUGGAAGGAGGUCACCAAAGCCUCGCAGGAACGCUUGGCCAGUGUUCCGGACUUGCAGUCGGAAAUAGAACGACUCCGCCAUCACAAUAAGCACCUGAACACGCUCAUUGGGGACAAGUUGCUGCUUGAGGAGAAGGUGCAUGACUACAAGACUCGAUUAGACAGGGAGGAGGGCGCUCGAGCGGAGGCAGUCUCCCUGCAGGUGAAGCUGUCGCAUGUCGAGCAAGAACUCAAGGAGUGGGUUAAGGUGGCCCAGGACCACUGCCUGCCGAAUACGUUGGUGAGUCCGAUGGCCCUGCGGUCGCGCAUCGAGCAGCUGUUGCAAGAGGAUAUAGUGCACGUGGCUGAAAAGACGACCUCCGAGUCCGACACUAAGCAUUUGCAGGCCACAGUUCGCGAACUGGAACAAAAGUGCAGCGUCUACCUCAAGAACAUUGAAGAUCUCAACAUUGGCCUCAAACGCCACAAGAACUUCAAGGAGCGCCUGCAGCGGAAGUUGAUUACUGUCUCCAAGGAGCGCGACUUUUACAAGCAGAUGGUGGAGAACUUCGACAAGGACCUGACCAUGAGCAACACCAGCAUGGCGGACAUGACGCUGGACAUGCAGGUGCGCUACCGCAUGGAGGUCCUAGAACGCACCGUCACCGGCUACAAGGAUAUGUGUGCUACACUGGAGCGUGAGAUUCAGGCCAUGCGCCAGCAGGAGCAGCUGGCUGAACCGUCCGGCGAGGGCUACGACAGUGUCAAGAAAGAAUUGGACACACUGAGGUUGGAGAACGAUCGGCUGCGCAGGCGCAAGGAGGAAAUGGAGCUUGAGCUCAUGCACCGCUGCCUGCGCGGUGACUUCAACAUGAAGGAGUUUAAGGUGGUACACUUGUCAGAGAAUCCUGCCGCCGAAGCUUACGAAUCCUCCAAGAAUGUAAUGGAGAAGCUGCAGGCGGAAAUCGAGCGAUUGAAGCGGCGCAACAAGAAGCUGGAGGAUGAUCAGGAGCAGCGGCUGAAUGAGACCACCAGCACUGGAGGCAUGACAAUGAACUUCAAAGAGUUCAACCAGCUGCGGGCGGAGUUAGAGUCGGCGAAUGGCAAGAUGCGCAAGAUGAAGGAGUGCUUCAAAGCAGCCACCACCGAGUUCCGCGAUGUCUGCUACAUGCUAUUGGGAUAUAGGAUUGAUCGCAUCGGCGCCAAUAGCAAUUAUCGCAUUUCUAGUAUGUAUGCUGAAAGCCCGGAGGACUACCUGGACAUCACCCUCAACGAAUCGAAUUGCUUGGCUCUGCUGGAGUCUCCAUACUCCCGUACUCUGAAGCCAGCUAUUGACCAGCAGCUGGCCGCCAGUAACUCAUUCCCUGCAUUCUUUUCCGCCCUCACUCUGGAGCUGUUCCAGCGAGCCACAGUUACCAUAACUUAGCCCUACUAGAUAGUGAUUGCAUUAGGUUGGGCCACCUCGCCAGCCACCUCAUAGACUGUAUACGUGUGAAAACCAGAAUAUUAAUGUGUGUCAAAUGUAAUUUACUCUUCUGGCAAUGUUUAA